AUGCACUACGUUUUGUGUGUUUUCAUUCUCUCAGUGUAUACUGCCUGCAAUGUUGUGUUAGCUGAAGUUGGUAAAGGAGGUGUUGGUGGUGUGGGCGGUUCUGCUACUUCCCGUCUGGUGGUUAAUUUCACACCUACUGCUAUUAUUUUUCCUUCUGCAGAUGAGCGGGCAAAAGAAACUCAUAUAUCUACUACAAAUCAACUGGAAGCACAACGAGAAUCAUCACAAGUGUUAAGAGAGGAUCAUGUUACUCAUAACAGUCACGAGAGAGACGGUGGGGCUGAUGGUGCA